UGUGUAAGGCUCUAAGUCAGUUAGAACCAGAACUUUAGAUUCUCAGCUGCAAAGUGAGCACUGACACUUACCCUCCUCCCCACCUAGUUUGAUCUUGUCAUGUACACAGCACGUAUUUCCUUCUCAAGCCCAGUUUCUCAUAGAGCACAGACCUUGACACCCCUCAGCUGCAGAGAUGAAUAAUCAGACAGUAACUUACUCAGAACUGAAUCUGGCCAAGAAGCCAAAAAGGCAGCAAAUCAAACCUAAGGACGCUGAUAGCUGCUUUUCAGUCAGUGAGCGGGAAAUAAUUUAUGUCGGAUUAAACCUUCACAGUGCUUCUCAAGAUCUUCAAAAGAAUGACAAGACUUUCCACUGCAAAGGGAAGCUCAUUGCUGGGACCCUGGGACUCAUCUGCCUUGUCUUGACGGCCGGUAUAAUAACCAUGACAGUAACAAGUAAUAAACAAAACUUUAUGCCUAUGCAAAUAUGUCACCUUUUAUUUUUUAAUUCAACUUGGUUCUGGAUAGUGACUCACAUACUUUUUUCAGCUAAUCAUUGUCACCAUUGUCCAGAGGACUGGUUCUCCUAUUCCAACCAUUGCUAUUAUAUUAGCAGUGAUAUAAAAAACUGGACUGAGAGUCGGAUGGCCUGUGUUUCUAAGAAAUCUAAUCUGUUUUAUAUGGAUAAUGAAGAAGAAAUG